GUUCAGUAGUGCAGCUAUAAAGAACAGAUCCCAUUUGUCUGCACUGUUGCAACUGGUGCAACAAGUUAAAGUGAGAAAACCUACAUGUGUCUCACUUUAACUUAAUGCACCAGUCCAGAAAUGCAGACAAAACGAACAGGCCUAUAUAUAUAGAACUGAAUUGAACUGAGCGAGGAGGGUUAUAUCGAAACGUGUGCAGUAAUAAGUUAUAACUUUGACAGGUAAAGCCAACAUAGUCCAAUGCUAAAAUAGUCUGUCACAGAAGUUACAAGUAAUAUUUGACAAUAAGGAUGCAAUCUGAUGAUGAUUUGUCUGAAGACGAAGAAGAGAUUCUGGUUUAUGUGGAAUUUGAGGAUCUUGUAGGCAGUAAUAUGUUUUCUAAUGAAGAUCUUCAAUUAGAUAUGAUAGGACUAGAUACAGAACAUCCAAUAAUGCAGGUCAAUGGACGGUAUUAUGAAGGUGUUUAUGAAGAUGCUGUGGGCACAUAUAUGUUUUUUGAGAAAGAUGACGAUCCACACGUGGAUGAUAUUAUAUUUGAUAAAGUUCCAACUCUAAAAUACUUUGCUAAAACUAGAAAAUUACUGAAGAUGCAACGGGUCUUUGCAAAACCUAAAGUAGAGCUCUUUGACAAUCCUGAUAUCAGCAACUGUAUUCCAAAUAUUAACGCAUUAUCACAAGCUGGAGUACCACUGAAGUAUCAACAAGAUGCUCUUGAAUUUUGGAGCAUACUACGUGAUGAGAAACUAAAAGAGUUAAGUACAUGUUUGGAGAAACAAAAAAUUACAGAAAAAGAAAUAUCUCAGGACACAGUACCAGAUUCAGAAUCUAGUGAGAAAAUAUUCCCUGGGACAUCUAAAAGUAAAAAAGAAGCAGAAAAUAUAUAAACAGGAAUCUUUUAUAUGAUGCUAAAUUUAAUAAAGCAAUUUUGAAAUGGAAAUAUUACAAAUUGUACCAUUGUUCGGGAAUAGGGUGACCAUAUGUACUCUUUUAAGAGUAUAUGUACUCUUUUAAGAAUAUAUAUACUCUUUUUAAGGUGGUAAAAAGAGUACUCUCUGCUUUUUACAUAUCGUACUCUUGUAUAUACUCUUUUUUUGUAACGUUAAUUAUACUUUGUCGAUAUAAAUGACCAGAAAG